AUGACGACCAUUUCUCUUUCACUAGCCCCACCGGCAUUAGUUCGACUCCAUGACGUGCUCAUAUGCCUGUCUAAAUUCAGCGACACAGUGGCCAUUGAGGCAGAGCAUGAUCUGCUUCGAUUGAGUGCGCUAAACUCCACAAAAACGGCGUUUGCGUCGUUUGCGUGUGAGAGGGAGGUCUUUUUCGAGACGUACUCGUUUGAGGUGCGGCGGAGUAUAGCCGGUAAUGGAGGUGAUCGAUUCUAUUGUCAAAUUCUUAUCAAGGCCCUCUUGUCGAUCUUCCGCGGAAGAGUUGACCGCAAUAAGGAUACUGCGGUUGAGCGCUGUGAUAUGGAGCUUCACGAAGAUCCACAGCAGACAGAGUGUCGCUUGACAGUGAAGAUGAUCUGCGGGCUUGGUGUAAUCAAAUCAUACAAGCUCACCUACGAGCCUGCGUCCAUUCAACACGCCGUCUUCGAUAGAAGCAGAGCCACUAAUCAGUGGACUGCGGACCCGCGAUUCCUCAAGCAGGUCAUUGAGCAUUUCAGCCUAUCUGCGGAGCAGCUUGAUAUGUACUCUGACUCUGGCAAGGCGGUAUUCACCAGCUUUACGACUAAGAUCAUGGAAGGAAAAGAGGUACUCAAAUACCCCGUGCAUACCUCCGUCGCCACUGAUAAGCGCGAUUUUGAAGAAUUCCUCGUCGAGGACAACUUGCAUAUCGCCAUUAAUCUCAAAGACUUCAAAGCCGCGGUGGCCCAUGCCGAGACCGCGAAUGCAACGAUAACAGCCCGUUACACCCGCCCCUGCAAACCGCUGCAACUUGCAUACGAGUGUGAAGGUAUGGCGGCCGAAUUUACCAUUAUGACCCGCGGCGAGCUUGACGGUGAGACUGCACCGACCUCCUCACGUACAGCGAUUCGAGAACUCUCACAGCGGCAAACGCCCGCGGCGCCAAUCUCAGUACGCCGACACGAAACACCCCGUGACACAACCCAGAAUACUCAAAUGCCACCACCGCCGCCCCGGGCGCGGUCUAUCAAGCCAUUGAACGGGACAUCAACGCAGGAGCACUUGUCGCGAUCGACGGCGAGUGAGAGGCCGAGUGCGUCGGCGCUUUCUAUGGAGUAUGAUAGUUUAUUUGUACCGGCAGAUGAUGACCGUCAGUGGGACGAGAUGAACGAGGAAGAAGAAGAACCGCAAGAUAUCUUGGGCUGGGAUGCGAGUGGACGACCCGAUGCGUCGGAGGCCACGCUCAGAGAUGAGGAGCCUGACUUCUCGAGGGCGGGAACCAAGAUCAAUCAAGAGCCGAAGGACGAGAUGGGUAUCCCGCCAACGCAGCGGAUUUCACAGGUCCGUGGAUUUGGCCUCUUCGACUGA